GUCAGCUGGUAUGUGUCACUGUCACUUGUCAGUGAAUUUAAAAUAUUCUUGUGGUUUCCAGUUUCCAUUCAUUAUUCAUUAAAAUCUAGAAUAUUUGCAAUCAUUUAUAUUGCGUGACUGUUUACAAUAGAUUUGUAAAUAAUUAAAAUAGAAACGCAUUACAUUUUAGAUUUAAUAAGAAUCUAUUCAACAAAACUUUCAUAGAUGGCGUAAAACCAUUACACCUAUUAAAUUGUGUUUAUUGAUUUUUGUAAGUAUAAACACAAUUUACCAAAUUGGAUUUAUAAAUUUUGCCAGGGGAAUAAAGGGAAGUGGAUUAAUAACGUUUUAUUGACCAAGUUCAUUAAAUUUUUUUCUGCACAUCCAACAGUAAAAAUGUCUGACGACUUAAGGAAAAGAAACAUUGCGAGCGAAAACGCUGAACCAAAACUCGUUAGGGCAGAGUCAAACAGCAGUUCUGAGAACCUUGCAUCAAAUUUAAGGGACAGUGAAAUUGACAGUGAAGAUGACAAAAAUGGCAAGGGUAUUGACUUAUCAUCAAAUAUUCCCACUGGGACAGACAAAGCUCCAUUUGGUUUAGAAGUGCUGCUACAAGAUUUACCAGAUAAAUGGCGCAACUGGAUAGUGAGAGGAGUUUUUAGUUUUCUUAUGCUGACAUUCUUCUUAGUUGUGAUAUAUGGAGGACCUCUUGCACUUAUGGUCACAACUCUAAUAGUACAAGUAAAAUGCUUUCAAGAAAUCAUCAAUAUUGGAUAUACUGUCUACCGCAUACAUGGUCUUCCUUGGUUUAGAUCAUUAUCAUGGUAUUUCUUAAUUACUUCCAACUACUUCUUCUAUGGAGAAAGUUUAGUUGAAAAAUUUGGUGUCGUCAUUAAUCGAACGGACUUUCUACGGGUUUUGGUAACCUACCACAGAUUCAUAUCCUUUUCUCUCUACUGUGGCGGUUUUGUAUUAUUUGUACUCAGCUUGGUAAAAAAAUAUUACAUGAAACAAUUUUCUCUCUUCGCCUGGACGCAUGUGGCUCUCUUAAUCGUUGUAACUCAGUCCUAUCUCAUUAUUCAAAAUAUAUUCGAAGGAUUGAUAUGGUUCAUUGUGCCGGUUUCGAUGAUCAUUUGCAACGACAUCAUGGCUUACGUUUUUGGUUUCUUCUUUGGAAAAACGCCUCUCAUAAAAUUAUCGCCGAAGAAAACUUGGGAAGGAUUUAUUGGCGGAGGGAUAUCGACUGUCAUUUUUGGAUUUAUGAUGUCCUAUUUGAUGUGCCAGUAUUCAUAUUUUGUUUGUCCCAUUGAGUACAAUGAAACUUUAGGAAGGAUGACAAUGGAAUGUGAACCUAGCUUACUUUUCAGAUCAACAAAUUAUAAAUUGCCAGAGUUCUUGGCAGGAUUUUUAACAACCUUUGGUUUAGCUGACAGCGUGUCUAUUUAUCCAUUCAUGCUACAUUCGCUGUCAUUGUCAGUUUUCAGUAGCGUAAUUGGACCAUUUGGUGGAUUUUUCGCUUCUGGUUUUAAGAGAGCUUUUAAAAUUAAGGACUUUGGAGAUGUCAUACCUGGUCAUGGCGGUAUUAUGGACCGUUUCGAUUGUCAAUUUUUAAUGGCUACUUUCGUUAACGUCUAUAUCAGCAGUUUCAUUCAAAGGGACAGCCCUCAAAAGCUGUUGACCCAGGUGCUCUACCUAAAACCGGAGCAACAAUUGCAACUUUUCCACUUGCUGAAGGAAAGUUUACAGACACGGCACAUUUUAAUGCCGGAAGUUUAAGUAUUUUAAUUUACUUAUUUUUUUUUUUUUCAAAAUAAUUUAUUUGUGCCAUUGAUGUUUGUAUAUUUAUUAUUGAAACCUAUACUAUUUAUUUUUUGUUACAUAUUUAAAUUUUUUAUUUAUUGAUCUCUAGAUUUAAAGUGUUUCAAAGUUCGAAUCUAUUGUGACCUAACCAAAUUAACUCUGUGCUUCUUAACUGAUUUAAUUUUUGCACUAACCAUUACUAAUAAACCAACUUUGUUAACACAUUCUGGGGGGAUGGAGCGUCGAAUUGUAAAAAUAAUAGACAGCGG